AUUUCUUUGUGUAUUUGUUUUUGUGUGCCUAACAAUUUUUAUUUUGUUCUAGGUUCUAACGAUAACACCUAAACGAAGUCAUACCCUCAAAAAUGAAAUAAUGGACAUCAACGAAAACAUUUCCUGCGAACCCGAACUUGGAAACUACUCAACUGUCUUCGGUGCCACCGAUACACCAGAAUGGGAAGCUCUACUCAUAAUUUUUGUACUAGGACUGCUUAUUUUAUUAACAAUAGUCGGAAACAUUUUAGUGAUUUUAAGUGUUUUCACAUACAAACCGUUACGCAUAGUCCAAAACUUUUUCAUAGUAUCACUAGCUGUAGCAGAUUUAACUGUGGCGAUAUUGGUUGUUCCUUUAAACGUAAUUUACUCUGUGGUAGGACAGUGGUUGUUCGGUAUACAUCUAUGCAAAAUGUGGCUUACUUCGGACGUUAUGUGUUGCACUGCGUCUAUUUUAAAUCUAUGCGCUAUAGCUUUGGACAGAUUUUGGGCCAUCACCGAUCCGAUUAAUUAUGCCCAAAAAAGGACUCUAAAACGAGUUCUAAUUAUGAUUGCUGGUGUCUGGGUACUGUCGCUACUGAUCUCGUCGCCACCAUUAAUUGGAUGGAAUGAUUGGCCCGAUACUGAAGUUUUUUUAGAGAAAAAAGAAUGCAAAUUGUCAUCAAGACAGGGCUACGUAAUCUAUUCAUCAUCGGGUUCCUUUUACAUUCCCUUGGCCAUAAUGACUAUAGUUUACAUCCAUAUAUUUAUUGCAACUAGAAGAAGGUUGCGAGAGAGAGCAAAGGCAUCGAAAAUUAACGCAAUAUCAAAGAGCCAAUCAAAAAAAAAAGUUGAUACUGAUAGAGAUAGUGUUAGCAGCGGAGAAACCAACUACAACGAACAAAAUAGUGAAACAAAUUGUAGAAAGGAUAGAAGAAAUAAGAAGAAGGCCAAAUUGGAAAGUGAGGAAAAGAGACAACUCAAACCUAUCCUGACUCACGAGGAUUCUGUUACUGAUAUUGAUGUUGAAUUGGAAAGGAACGAAGAUAGAAUUUUAUAUCAAUUAUGGAAUGAAUUUCGACACCCAAAGACUGAAGAACUACAUGAUGACGCGACAAAUAGGGCAGGAAAUUUUGAAGGAGGAGAGGAAGCCCUCCCUUUAGUAGAGAACGAUGAUCCAAAUGAAAUUUUUAUAGAUAAUCCUAAUGAAAUUAUUAUUGAUGAUCCUAUUACAAUUACUUUCGAUAAUUCUAUUCAAGAAGAACGAGAUGGCACUUUAGAUCAAUAUUUGCACUACCCCAAUACGCCACAAAGAAAAGGAAAAAAUACUUCCCAAAAAACUUCUUUUAUAUUAUCCUCAUCAUCUUGGAAACAAUUACAUGAUGAGAAAGAAUUUAAAAAACGGGCUGAGCUUGAGGAAAAGGAAAAUAGAAAAAAGGAAAGAGAACUGAAGAAAGUUACUAGAGAGAAGGCUGCACUUGAAAAACAAACAAAAAAGAAACAGGGGAUAAAAAGAACAAAGCAGAAGAUAAAUAUUUCAAAGAAGAUUAAGCUUGACAAUAGAACCAGUGCAUCGUUGCAGAAAAUACCGAAGGAAAUAUUACAGCCACUGCCAAGAGAAGAAAAUAUUUCACCUAAAAGCUUGGACACCACAGAUAACAGGAAUGAUAUUUUUGAGUGUUUCAGUGAUAGCAGUGAAGAUGAUGAACCUUUGUGUACCUUAAUUACCACCAAAGUACAGGUACAUCAAGAAGCAACAAAACGGAAAAUUGAAAAUGCUGAUUUUGAAAACAUGAAGCCUGGUGAAAAUUCUUCCAACUCCCAAAAAAACGGCGAAUCUUCCAAAGAAGCCACACACAUUCACACUGUGAACUCGAGCCCUUGCACCACCAUAACUGUGGUGAAUUCGAAAAGCAAAAACCCCGGUUCCAAGGUGGUUGUGAUUGAACCACCAAGAAAACCUGGAGGCGUCUAUCAAUUCAUUGAAGAAAGACAACGAAUCAGCUUAUCGAAGGAACGAAGAGCGGCCAGAACUUUGGGCAUCAUCAUGGGUGUGUUUGUAGUUUGUUGGCUUCCUUUUUUUCUAAUGUACGUUAUCGUGCCAUUUUGUCCUACCUGUUGCCCUUCUAGGAGACUAAUAAAUUUCUUUACGUGGCUGGGUUAUAUAAACUCUGCACUUAAUCCUGUUAUUUAUACGAUUUUUAAUAUGGAUUUUAGAAGGGCUUUCAGGAAGUUAUUGGGUAUACCAGGAACUAGUUAA